AUGCAAAUAUUGUAUCGCACAGAGAGUUCUGACGAUAAUAAGACAAUGUUAUCGUACGAAUAUUAUAGUCAUUUUGAAGAACUAUUUUACAUGGAUGAUUAUAUUGCCUCGUUGUCACUGCCAAAUAGUUUAUCAAUUUCGGAUAUUCAGUCGAUAUGGUCUAGAAUCUUAAUAACUAGUAAUACCUUUAGCACUAAGAGAAUUUCAAGUAUUAAUAUUUGUAUUAUGCUGUUUUACAUUUCAACUGAAGUCAAAAAGCGGUUCAGCAUAGAUGACAACUUGCAAACUAAUCUUACUUUACAUUCUCGGAUACUAAGACCAGCUGAAUACUGCUAUAGAUAUCUCAAAUAUCAUGUAUUGCGAUUAAUUACUGACGACAGUAUAGGUAUGCCCACUAUGCUUGAUCGAUGUUAUCAGUAUUAUCAAGGACACCCGAGAAUGCUAAUGGCUAUUAGACGAUUUGCGCAUAAAUAUCGAUCUGGGAAUGCAUUACAUUGGUUCACCAAGGACACGUUUCUUUAUCGAUUCAUCAAUAAAAUACUUCGUUCAGGUGAUGUGGAGUUCUUUCACAAUCUACGUUUCUAUAUUGCUCAUUUAAGCUCCCAACUGAUGGAGCUCAAGUGUCAACAACAAGAAUUUAUGAAAGAAGUUACUGUUGUGUACCGUGGACUUAGACAAUCAAUGGCAGAGUUAGCAGUACUUAAAAGUUUAGUUGGCAAUGUGAUUGUCACCAAAGGGUUUACAUCAACGAGUCGAGAUAGAAGAGUUGCACUUUUCUUUGCCGGUGCUAAUGAACCACAAAGUAUUAAAUCAAAGCCAUUAUUGUUCGAAAUCAAAGUAGAUCUUAGCUUACCAUUCGUGAUAGCUGCUGACAUUACACAUUUGAGUUGCUUUCCCGAGGAGCAGGAAGUUCUCUUUGACAGUGGAACAAAAUUUAAGAUUGAAAUGCUGACGUUUGAUUCGUCAAGUGGUGUCUGGCUGUGUAAGCUUCUCACAACGAAUGAACCAUUGUCGUCUAUUCGAUUACCGAUAAUUCCAUCCAUUGAGAUCUAUUCUACAAAAUUGUAUCCAUUCACUAAUGAAGAAUCUGGUUUGGAUCAAAAGAUGCGGUAUAGGCGUCGUCAUAAGUUUGAUGCACAUAUAAGGGAAUCAUCCGAUAACGAAGUGUGGCACAAAUCUACAACCCUUUCAUGGAUGGUAGCUAGCCCUAUCGAUUUUGCCCGUUUGUGUCAUCAGAAAGGUAUUCGUGAUUGGCAACAGGGGCAAGUUCGCAGAGCUAAAAUAGCAUGUGAAAAAAUAUUUCCCAGUUACGUACAGAACGCUGCCGAUCAAUUAGAGCUAACAAAACUUCUGAGUAAUCAUUGUUUUCUCCUUUUUAAGACGGGCGAAGCGAAAUGUGCUAUUGAUUUAGCCGAAUGA